ACUACUAGUGGAAAAGUAACUUUACUGUAAGCGUUUCUGCUCUCGCAAAGGGACGGACCAGUAGGAAUCUGUAUCUAUACAUCUUCUGUAUCUAUGUAUCUAUCUCUCUAUAGUCUAUAUAUAUAUAUCGCUGAUUUUGAUUAGGGUUUUGAAAUGUGGAGGGAGAGAUGGGAAGCUGUGAAGACAACGACGCACUCAAACUCCAGCCGGAGGAGCCAGAGCUAGGGUUUGCAUCCCCUGCUUCGAACUCUCACAGCACCCACUCUGCCCUCAAUUCCAAUGAGGAGGAAGCUCUGGUCCAGGAAUUUGAAAAUGUAGGGUUGGAAUUGGAGGAGAACAAGGUCAACGACGAUGAUGAUUAUCAGGAAGGUAACACUAGUCUCGACGACAGCAGAUUGUACCCGCUCCGACCUUACGCUGAAGAUUGCACGUUUUACCUCAAAACGGGGGCGUGUAAGUUUGGAUCGAAUUGUAAGUUUAAUCAUCCAGCGAGGAGGACGACGACGAAUCAGGACAAGGACACAGAAGGGCUUUCGGAGAACGAAGGGCAGACUGAAUGCAAGUAUUACCUAACAGCAGGAGGGUGCAAGUAUGGAAAAUCUUGUAGAUACAUCCAUAAAGAUGAGUCUGAAUUUGCACCUCCGGAGCUUAACUUUCUUGGUUUGCCAAUACGAUUGGGGGAGAAAGAGUGUCCCUUCUACAUGCGUAAGGGUAUUUGCGGAUAUGGAGCUCGCUGCAGGUUUCACCAUCCCGAUCCUACCACUGUGGGAGGAGUGGAUAAUUACAACUCAUCUCCUAAUGAUGAAUCUGUGAGGCGAUUUAAUCUUUCUUCACAAGAUCAUAAUGGUGAACCUAUUCCAUUGCAUUUAUCAGGGUCCUCACAAUCAGCUCAAGCAUCCUGGACUUUGCAUGGGGUACCCAAUAAUAUUGUUCCCUACCAGGCUAACCACUCAUCUUAUGUGCCUGCAACACAUUUACUUCCUCAAGGGGCACAUCAAAAUCUCAACUGGAAUGGGUAUCAGGUCCCUAAUUAUCCAGAAGAUGGUACAACGCAUGACCUUUCAGCUCCAGCAGCAAAGAAUCUUAUGGGGAAAGCAAAGAUGUCUACCCAGGCUGAAGAAUUCCCUGAACGACCAGGGCAACCUGAAUGUGAGUUCUUCAUGAAAACUGGGAACUGUAAAUUCAAAUCCGCAUGCAGGUAUCACCACCCCAGGAGUCCAGCCCCAAAAUUAGAUUUCUAUGGUCCGAGUGACAAGAGCCUGCCGUUAAGACCUGCCCCUUACUAUCCAGAAGAUAAUACGAGGCAUAACCUUUUCGCUCCAGCAGCAAAGAAUCUAAUGCAGAAAGCAUAUAUUUCUACCCAGGUUGAAGAAUUCCCUGAACGACCGGGACAAGCUGAAUGUGAGUACUUCAUGAAAACUGGAGACUGUAAAUUUAAAUCUGCAUGCAGGUAUCACCACCCCAAGAGUCAAGCCCCAAACUCAGAGGUCUAUGUUCUGAGUGACAAGGGCCUGCCUGUAAGAUAUGCCCCUAAUUAUCUGGAAGAUACCGCGAGGCGUAACCUUUCGGCUCCAGCAGCAAAGAGUUAUACAGAGACAGCAAAUAUGGAAACCCAGGUUGAAGAAUUCCCUGAACGACUGGGACAACCUGAAUGCGAAUACUUUAUGAAAACUGGAGACUGUAAAUAUAAAUCUGCAUGCAGGUAUCAUCAUCCCAAGAGUCAACCCCCAAAAUUAGAUGCCUGUGUUCUGAGUGACAAGGGCCUCCCUUUAAGACCUGGUACAAAAAUUUGCCGGCAUUAUGAACGGUAUGGUAUUUGUAAGUACGGGCGUGCUUGUUUGUUUGACCAUCCAGUGAAUUAUAGGUCAUCAGCUUCUCCAGUUGGGUCAAUCUUAGGGACUCCUUCAAGCAGUAACUCAGCAACUCCUGGAGGGACUAGAACGGGGAGUAGAAUGGCUGGGCACAAGGAUGGAAAUGAGGCUACAAUCAAGCAGCUUGUAUAGAAGUUUUGGUUUCCAACCCAAAUAAAUCUCGCGUAAGGACACAUUUUACUUCUUCAGUACUUUUUUGUUUUUUCUCCUUUCCGUUUCUUUUGUUUAAAGACUUUGUUCUAAGUUAUGAACACCGCAAGCUGUUGUUGUAAUAUAGGCUGGACCUUUCUGUUUCAUGCUAUUUUGACUGUUUUAAGGUUAUAAAGUUUCUUAUUUCUUAUCGUUA